AUGUGGCAAGAAUGUCAGACAUGGUGUUCUGCGCGGUGCUCCGGCUCAGCUGGAACCACUUGGUGCCUUCUUGGUGCCUGCUGCGUCUCCAGUGAGGCCAUGUCGUACAUCCCAGCAGGGCGACCAGAGGGUGGGCUGCGCGACAUUUGGGUUUCGGGCAAGGUUGGCGAUUCACGUGCCAGAUGUUUGGCGACAUCAUUGCAUCAGAAAGGACACGAGGUGACCCUCAUCGGCGUCAAGAAGUCCAGCGAGGCUCCGAUUGCCUCCUGGGGAGAGGUCAUUACAGAGCAGCCGAGAAAGAGCAUCCGGAUGCAGGGAAGCGAGAGCGCCAAGAAAGCGCGCAGUGACGUGGCAAAGAAGUAG